GUUCUCAGUGCAGGGUCCGACCGUUGAUGUCUGCUGUGUUGAUUGACCAACCAGUCGGGCGGGAAGGAAGCACGCGAUUUGUGCAAUAUGACGAGGGGCAGGACAGAGCUGGGUUCUAUAACUCCUCACAACAUAAAGCAGCUAAAACGUCUGAAUCAGGUGGUUUUCCCAGUAACCUAUAAUGACAAGUUUUACAAAGAUGUAUUGGAAGUCGGGGAGCUAGCAAAGUUAGCUUAUUUUAAUGACAUUGUUGUCGGGGCGGUCUGCUGUAGAGUGGACACAUCAGAAAACCAGAGACGGUUGUACAUUAUGACUCUGGGCUGCUUGGCCAACUACAGAAGACUAGGCAUUGGAACUGUAAUGUUGCAACAUGUACUGAAGAUCUGCGCUGAAGAUGGCCGAUUUGAUAAUGUUUUCUUGCAUGUACAAAUAAACAAUGUUGGAGCCAUCAAGUUCUAUGAGAAGUUUGGAUUUGAGAUUGUUGAAGAGAAGACUAACUAUUACAAGAGGAUAGAACCUGCAGAUGCUUAUGUGCUACAGAAGUCUUUCAGGAAAUCCGGUUCAGAAAUAAAUGGAGAGUCAGACAGUCGAAAAGGUGAAAACUCAGACAAGACAGGAGUUAGUGAAGAUGGACAAGUGUAAAUAAGCGUCAGGGGGAGAUGACUCUGAUAAAUGACCAUGUGUGAUCAGUCAGCUGGAGUUACCUCUGGUUGGAUGUCUCAAUGUUACAGUGCUUUACUGAAUAGGUAGAUUUUAUUGAAUAAUGGCUGACAAACACGGAACAAAGUGUGAAAUUUAACAGUUUAAUUUACCUGUGUGUAAAUGUAUGCAUGCUCACUUUUAACCAAAAAAUUUCCUAUUUUAUUUUUUUUGGUAAAGUUUCCUAAAGACGAUAACAGAAAACAUGGAAAAUCAUUAUAGAAUUCAUUUGUGUACAGCAUUAAAGUAACCAGGCAGUUAAAUUUGUUUUUCUGGUAACUUUGUUUAGGAUAGUUUUCUUGGGUGUGAAUUUCAUAAUGUGUUAAAUGAAUGAUAGUGGUAUCCAGUGAAUUGUUGUAUGGAAGUAAAACAGCAUCUUCACAUUUAAUUUGAUCUGUUCAAAAGAAAAGACUGAGUACCAGUGUACCUGGGCAAUCAGUGGACAUAUUUAAGGCGUUAAAAACUUUGUGAAAAUAUCAUUAUUGACAUACAAGAUCUGAAUAUUCAGUCAGAUUUCUGUCCUCCUGGUUUGUUUUCAAACAUUUUAACUGUUGCCUUCAGCUACAAAGCGGGAAUGUGAAAAAGGAAUGUCUUAGUGGUUAUUAAGAAAUAAUCCAUGUCAUUUUUGCAGUAAAUAAUAUUAACAAGGAAUGGUAUGAAAUAUACAUACAUGUAUACAUAUAUAUAUAUAUAUAAUUUAUUGUUUUCACCACCCAUCAGCCCAAAGAGAUAAACAAAAAAUGACAAUAAACAUAUACAAAUACUUGAAAAAAGUUUGAAAAGUGUGCCAGGUAUGUAAUAUUAGCUGUGGCCGAUGACCAUGUACAUAGUGUGCGCUGUCAAUGGUCAAAAACAUGUAUGGUCUGAAGAGGCUGAUUAGCAGAAUAAACUUCAACUUUGUGUAUUAUUCUAAUUACUAAAAUCUGAACAUUAAGUAUAUAAUUUUUCAGAAAUUUCAAGUUUGAAUCAGUGAGUGCUCUGGAUUUAUUGCCAGAAUGGAUUUUUUUGUUAACCUGUGUUAUUUGGGUUGUUUGUACAGCCGUAACUGAGGAUGUGAAAUAUGAAAAAUUUCUAAAAAUUCAUG